UCACUUUCAUCAGCACUGUCGAAAGGAGAAAAAAUGCCAGUCCUGUCUCCGGAAAUCAAAUUUGAUACUUCCAAUGUUACCAGAAAUUCCUUUGACAGUUGUUUUCUUUUUGAGAGUAGUUGGAGGAAAGCAGUUUUAGAAACACAAAAGAUGAAGAAAGAAUACACCACAGCCUUUGGUCUAGAAGAGUUCAAAGAAUGUGUCAAGAUGCCAUAUUUACCAGGACUGCAGAGUUGCCCAAAAAGUGUAAGUUCAACUCCACUGGAAGUUCGUCCGAGACUGCUGCAGGCUGAGCCCGAGAUGUGUCCAGUCAGGAUAAGGAAGACUAAGGAAACCCACACUGUGGUACCACUUCAGGAGAAACCAAAGGUUUCCGGCUUCAGUGAUCCUCUUGCUGGAGCAUCAUCUCAAUACUUACAGAGACUUUCCAAAAUGGCCAUAUUGGAGUAUGAUACCAUUCGUCAAGAAACUACUAGAAAAUCCAAAAAGAGCAAGAAACGAGACCUGCGAGACUGCUGAUAAGUAUCACAUCACAUGCGAUGCUUUCUUAACUGAUGUCUAAGGUUUAU